GCGAUUGAGUGAUUGAACUGACGCUCGGGCAAAGUAUUGAAGCCCAUACACAUCUGUGCGUUAGAAACGGUUUCAUUGAAUUGUCUCAUUUUGUUGUAGAUCAAGCUCAUUAUAUUUUUCCCAGACGUCACAUAAUCUAGUGGCACUUAAUUACUCUCCACAACCUAAGCUAAUUCACAUGGGACGCGAUGCACUGAUUCCGCCAUUGUUAAAACGCUGUGUAAAGAGAAAUUUUCAAGGGAGCAAUACGAACCAGUAGUUAAGGUUUUAUCGACCUGUGAUCAGUUCUCGAAGAUUGAUUCCACGAGCGAGUGUCAUGGUGUACUGAAGUCAAACGUUGCUUCUGGGAGUCGUCAAAUGUCAAGUUUUGAACGGGCUUGCUACGAGGAUUUUCAAACGUACAUCCCUGAAAUUGCACAUGAAACACAGUUUAUCUACCCUAGCAAACUGUAUGAAAGCAGUGCAGCUUAUGGUAGUGUGUCUUCAUCUUGUUCAGCUACCAAUCGUGACAAUGCAUUGACACAUUAUCCUAAUGUCAGUGGUCCCAUAGUAACACCAAGUUCAAGACAGUGCUUGCAUAAUGAUAGACUGGAUGUCUUUGCACGUGAAGGCCAUGAAAGGAAUAUGACACCAGGGGCAUCCAACAUGCCAAGAGGUUGUAAGCUCAAGGAUGCAACACUCAACUCAUGCACACAAAGUGUAUUUCCAUGGAAACAAGAAUUACAGUCGAGUCUUCAUGAAAGUAUGAGAUUUUCCAAGAGUGCAUACCAAGGUACACCAAGCAAGGUAGUGAGCCAUUUCAAUCAGUCAUUAUGUCCAACUGUGAGUAUCCGUGUGGAUAUUUCAUGUCCACUUUCUCCAUGCAGCUGUGAUAAAGUGUCAUGCUGUUGUCAAGAUGCUUAUUUGGAACAUCCACUGCAGCAUCCCCAUUGUUAUGGUGAGGUGCUGGACAAACAGAAUGUGGUUGGUUACAGGCCAAAUGCACCACCAAAUAUUCCUGUGGCAACAAUGAAGUCUAAGGUAAACUCUUGUGCCAAUCAGAUUAACGGUGGUUAUUUCUGUUCCAAUAGUGGCUCUGCUAGUACUGGGCCCUCAAAUUGGCAGUUUAAAUCAGAUUUCCUUCCAGAAGGAAAUUUCAAGCCAUUUCCAGCAAGUCGCGAGUCUCCUGCUGAGACCAACAGCUGUUUAGAAAGGUGGAAUAGUGAAAUAUUAGACAUAACCCCAGCUCUGCAGAGUGAGAAUUACAUAACAGAUGACAAAAGAUUGUGUCAGUGGAUUGGGUCUGAAAAUAAGAUGACAUUUCGUAAAGAAAGAUAUGAAACUCUCAAUUCGUGUGCAAUGAAGAAUGAGGACAAAAUGAGAAGUGCAGACUACUCUCUACCUGAAAAUUCUUGUGUUUUGAUGGGGAAACAUUCAGAAAAUGUGGAUUUUUCCAACCAAGGUCAGAUAACUCCUAGAGAGUUUUCCAUUCCCAGAACUGGCAUGAUUAAUCCCUAUCAGAUGAGUCGUAGUGGUAAGGGUAGCAUGGAAUGCAUUGAACUGACACCCAUCAAUCCAAUAAAGAUCUUUGGACAAUGUAGAUCUCAAACCAGUGAAAAUAAAGAUGAAAAAUACAGUCUUAAAGAAGAACCACUAACCCAAACAAAAACCUGGCGGAGUUCUUCUAACCAAAACACUGUCAAGGCAAGAAACAAGGGAGGGCUGGUUGAGGCAUUAUUGGAGGGAGAUCCAUCAUCUCCCAUUGCAAACCUUUCCAAUUUGGUCGCCAAGAUUCAUCCUGACCACGGAAACAUUAUGACUGGAAAAAAGAAUCAAAGAUUUGAGGGACUCAGAAAUGAAGUUGUUAACAAGAGGCGUUCUCAUUGCGUUUGUCCAAACUGUCUCAAUGGGCUGAACAGUGGAACUGGAAAUGUGCAGCAAAGGUCGCAUAGUUGUCACUAUCCUGGAUGUGGCAAGGUUUAUGGGAAAACAUCACACUUGAAGGCUCAUCUACGCUGGCACAAAGGAGAGAGACCUUUUGUUUGUAACUGGAAUACUGGAGCACGUUGUUGUGGCAAGAGCUUUACUCGUUCAGAUGAACUGCAACGACACUUGAGAAUACACACAAAAGAGAAAGCUUACACUUGUACUAUUUGUAACAAAGCAUUUGGCCGAAGUGAUCAUCUGAGUAAACAUCUCAGAACCCAUGAGGGGAAAGGAAAGAAAGCUGUUCAUGACAAGGACAGUGAGGAAGAUUAUGAUAACAAACCAACCAACAUUGUUGAUGAUGAUGAUGAUGAUGAUGUUUUUUUGUAGAUUAGUAAGGUCAAGGAAAUACUUUUUAAAUUUUUCAUCAUCAGGUGGCAUGGGUAUUUGAGUGAUACAAAUUUGUUACUUCCCUUGAAAAUGAACUGUUUUAUAAAAUGUUUGAUCAUAGCAGUUUGAUGCAUGUCUUGUUGCUGCAAUAUGACUAUUAAAUAUAUUUUGACAUUUAGUUGUAAUAAAGUUAAACACAAUUAAAAGUUUUCUAUUUCCAUCACAA